UUUGUGCUGGUGCCACGUCAGAGCAGCAGCUCGGCGCCGGUCGCGCGGUGUCACAGUGUAGAGCAGUCCUCCCUCGUCUCCCCGGCUCGCACCAUGCUGUCCCCGGCCCUGAGCUCCCUGCUGCCGCUGCUGCUGCUGCGUGUGGCCGCGGUGUUGGCGACCGAGCUCACGUUCGAGCUGCCCGACAACGAGAAGCAGUGUUUCCACGAGGAGCUGGAGGAGGGCGUGAGGUUCGACAUCGACUUCCAAGUCAUAGCUGGAGGCAACUACGACGUGGACUGCUUCGUCACGGAUCCGCAGAGCAACGUCCUGUACAACGAGAAGAAGAAGCAGUACGACAGCUUCUCCCACACCACGGCCAUGCAGGGCGUCUACAAGGUCUGCUUCAGCAACGAGUUCUCCUCCUUUACCUACAAAACGGUGUACCUGGAGUUCCGCCAUGGGGACGAGGAGCCUCUCAUGCCGGGCAUGACGAGAACCACGGCGCUGACUCAGUUGGAGUCGUCGUGCGUCUCCAUUCAUGAGGUCCUGAAGGUGGUGGCUGACUCGCAGACAUGGUACCGGCUGAGAGAGGCACACGACCGCAUGAAAGCCGAGCACCUCCUCGAGCGGGUGACCUACUGGUCCGUCGGAGAAACCGUCCUGCUGUUUGUCAUCGGCAUCGGUCAAGUCAUGAUGCUAAGAAGCUUCUUCAGUGACAAGAAAGGCUCCGUAGCAGCCACCACUUACGAAGCCGAACCGACCCCGGUGAACAUGGCGGGCUACCUGAAGGCUCUGACGACCGUGUCGAGGAGCGCAGCCGCGGCGCUGACGCCAACCCCCGCGGUGGCCUCACCGGCCGCCGUCUGCCAGCACCACCGGCUGCAGCAGAGGAACUAUGCGACAAAGCGCAUCAAGGUGGACCAGCCGGUGGUGGAGAUGGACGGAGACGAGAUGACUCGCAUCAUAUGGGAGUUCAUCAAAGAGAAGCUCAUCCUGUCCAACGUGGAUGUUGAGCUGAAGUACUUUGACCUGGGUCUGCCCUACCGAGACCAGACUGACGACCAGGUCACCAUCGACUCGGCCCUGGCAACAAAGAAAUACAAUGUGGCUGUCAAGUGUGCCACCAUCACCCCCGACGAGGCCAGAGUUGAGGAGUUUAAGCUAAAGAAGAUGUGGAGGAGUCCUAAUGGAACCAUCAGGAACGUCUUGGGUGGCACAGUUUUCCGUGAGCCGAUCCUUUGUAAAAACAUUCCCCGCCUUAUCCCCGGCUGGACACUGCCCAUAACAAUCGGCAGACAUGCUUUUGGCGAUCAGUACAGGGCCACAGACUUUGUUGUUGACCAGCCUGGCAAGUUCAAGAUGGUGUUUUCCCCAGCUGAUGGAAGCAAGCAGAGGGAGUGGGAGGUGUAUGACUUUCCCGCUGGCGGUUGUGGGAUGGGAAUGUACAACACUGAUGAGUCCAUCAGUGGAUUUGCUCACAGCUGCUUCCAGUACGCCAUCCAGAAGAGAUGGCCCCUGUACAUGAGCACCAAAAACACCAUACUGAAGGCCUACGAUGGGCGCUUCAAAGACAUCUUCCAGGAUAUCUUCGAGAGGGAGUACAAGUCUGAGUUUGACAAGCUGAAGAUCUGGUAUGAGCACCGCCUCAUCGAUGACAUGGUGGCCCAGGUUCUGAAGUCCUCUGGGGGUUUUGUUUGGGCCUGCAAGAAUUACGAUGGAGAUGUGCAGUCCGACAUUCUGGCUCAGGGCUUUGGGUCUCUGGGUCUCAUGACAUCUGUGUUGGUUUGUCCCGAUGGUAAGACUAUUGAGGCCGAGGCUGCCCAUGGCACCGUCACCCGGCACUACCGAGAACACCAAAGGGGAAAACCCACCAGUACCAACCCCAUUGCCAGUGUCUUUGCUUGGACAAGGGGACUGGAGCACCGAGGCAAACUGGAUGGAAAUCCUGAUUUGAUAAAGUUCUCCCAGACGUUAGAAAAAGUCUGCGUGGAAACUGUGGAAAGUGGAUUGAUGACCAAGGACCUUGCAGUCUGCAUCUAUGGCUUGUCCAACUGCAAGCUGAAUGAACAUUACAUCAACACGUCAGACUUCCUGGAUGCGAUUAAGACCAACCUGGACAAAACUCUGGGCAAUUGAGGAACGAAAGCACACUUGUAGAGACAAAGCCCGUCUGGAGAUUUUUAACUCUUUGUACUUGUCGUUUCUAUGAACCUUUGUAUCCAAUUUUCAAAGAAACAAGUUUCAUAUUUGUAUGUGCCUUUUUUUGUAUUUUUAAAACCUACUUAUUCAUCA